AUGUGUGUGGAAAUGUGUCAUCCCGGCCCCUGCCCCAAGCCCACACAAUGCCGCAAGAAGGUAACGGUGCGCUGCGCAUGCCUGCGGCUCAAACGCGAGUGGCUCUGCUCCCAAGUGCAAUCCGAAACUGCCAAAGCUGCUGCCAAUGGUGCCAGCAUCCCCACCAGCAGUGCAGACAGCAGCGCCAAUGCCAGCAGCAGUGGCGGGGGCGGUGGUGGUGGUGGGGGCGGGAGACUGCGGGAGUCAAUGGUGGGGGUGGGGCUGAUACCAUGUGACAACGAGUGCCGGCGCAUUCAGGAGGAGGAGAGGAAGCGGAGGGAGGCGGAGGAGAAGCGAGUGGCAGAGAGGAAGGCAGCUGCUGCAGCAGAGGCUGAGAGGCUUCGACUCGAGGCUGAAGCUGCUAGGGGAGCACGGAGGAGAAGAAAGUCAGCAGCAGAUGAAGAUGAUGACUCCUCUUCCUCUCUACUUGGCUUCAUCCCUCCUGCUGUGCGGCGGUGGGCCGUCAUAAUCAGUCUCCUUUGCGUCCUCCUCAUCCUGCUGAUUACUGCUGGGGUGGGCCUCAAGGCGCUCUCUGAUUGGAUGAAUGAGCGGGACCGCCUCCGCCCUAGAAAGUCAUUCCGUUACUAA